AUGGCCGCCGUUCAAUUGUCAUUUGGUCUCCGUACCUCCUCCAGUGUUAAGACCGUCCACCUUCUCGGUUCAUGGGACAACUACACUGGUCAACUUCCUCUUGCUAAGGACAAGACCUCCUCCAAGUCUGGCGCAUGGAAGGGAACAUUCAGAUUCCAGGGUGCCACCCUCCAAUCUGGUCAACGAUACUGGUAUUACUACAUCAUUGAUGGUUACCACGUUUCCCACGAUCCCGCUACUUCUUCCACCACCGAGCCAACCACCGGCCGCGUGUUGAACAUCCUCGAUGUCCCAAGCGAGAAGUCCUCCAGCCGCUCAUCCAAGAGCUCCAGCUCUUCCAAGCACUCUUCCUCCAGCAAAUCUUCCUCUUCAUCCAAGCACUCUUCAUCUUCCUCCAAGCACUCUUCAUCUUCCUCCAAGCACUCUUCUUCCUCCCGCCGCGAGCACCGCCGCGACAGCUUGGCCUUGGACAUCCCAAAAGGACGUCCCCUUUCUGUCUCCCAAAUCAAGUCGCCAAAGCCAAUCUCCCCACAUGCCACCAAGAACAUUCUCCAAUCCGACUUUGCCGCCCCAACAGUCGAGGAGUUGACUUCCCGCUUCAGCGCAUCCACCAUUGACGAGUAUGAUGACUACGAGUACUCUUCCAGCCCACCAUCAUCCGCUGGCUCCAGCCUCUCCAGCCGCUCCGGUUCAAGCUCCCCAACCAGCUCCCUCAGCGACUACUCCGCUUCCUCCUUGAGCUGCUCUUGCGAGCGAUAUGGCAUCACCCGCUCCGGUGACCGUGUCAAGCUUGACUGUGGUGGAUCCCGAUGUGGUUAUGAUGAUGAGUCCGACUCUUGCUGCUCUUCCGAUGAGGAGGAGAAGUACGUCUCUGCCAGCUCCCGCCGCAACGGUGUUGUCAUCAGAAGAUAG